CCUAAGGCAUAUUCAUUCGGUUGAAGCAAAACAUUUUGAGAGAGAUGGAGAAAAGAGGACAUGUAUUGGCAGUGUCAUAUCCAGCGCAAGGACAUAUCACACCAAUCCACCAAUUCUGUAAACGACUCAUCUCUAAAGGUCUCCAAACCACUCUUGCUCUUACCACUUUCAUCUUCAACUCCAUCAAACAUGACCCAUCUGGUCCAGUCUCCAUAGCCACCAUCUCCGAUGGCUACGACCAGGGUUUUGACUCGUCUGGCUCCAUCCAAGACUAUGUCCAAAGCUUUAAAAUCUUUGGCUCUAAAACCAUUACAGACAUCAUCCGCAAACACGAAACAAGUGAUAACCCCAUCACUUGUAUCGUCUAUGAUUCUUUCUUGCCUUGGGCAUUCGACGUUGCCCGAGAGUUUGGUAUAGCUGCGGCUCCUUUCUUUACGCAGUCUUGUGCUGUUAAGUAUGUUUACUAUCUUUCUUACAUAAGCAAUGGAAGCCUGAACCUUCCCAUUGAGGAGUUUCAUUUUCUUGAGCAUCAAGAUUUGCCUUCUUUUUUAUCUGCUCCUGAAUCUUACCCUGCUUACUUGGAGAUGGUGCUCCAACAGUUUACAAACUUUCAAAAGGCUGAUUUCUUACUCGUUAAUACCUUCCAAGAGUUGGAGCUUCAUGAGCAGGAGUUAUUGUCAAACGUUUGUCAUGUGUUGACAAUUGGUCCAACUGUUCCAUCAAUGUACUUAGACCAAAGGAUCAUUUCAGACACAAAUUAUGAUCUGAAUAUCUUUGAUUUGAAAGACGCUGCCUUCUGCACUAGCUGGCUGAACACAAGGCCACAAGGGUCAGUGGUGUAUGUAGCAUUUGGGAGCAUUGCUAAGCUUAACAAUGUGCAGAUGGAGGAACUUGCUUCAGCAGUAAGCAAAUUCAGCUUCCUGUGGGUUGUCAGAGAAAAACUGCCAUCAGGAUUUCUUGAGACACUGGAUAAAGACAAGAGCUUGGUCUUGAAAUGGAGUCCUCAGCUUGAAGUUCUGUCAAACAAAGCCAUCGGUUGUUUUUUGACUCAUUGUGGCUGGAAUUCAACUCUGGAGGCAUUAGCCAUUGGGGUUCCCAUGGUAGCUAUGCCUCAAUGGAUCGAUCAACCUAUGGAUGCAAAGUACAUACAAGAUGUGUGGAAGGCUGGAGUUCGUGUGAAGAUAGACAAUGAGAGCAGGAUUGCCAAGACAGAGGAGAUUGAGUUUAGCAUUAAGGAAGUGAUGGAGGGAGAGAAGAGCAAGGAGAUGAAGGAGAAUGCGAAGAAAUGGAGAGACUUGGCUGUCAAGUCACUCAGUGAAGGAGGCUCUACAGAUAUUAACAUUGACACAUUUGUAUCAAAGGUUCAGAGCAAAUAAGUUAUCACAUGAAGUAGCAAAGAUUUCUAUUGAGUCAGUAUUUCUUUCAGUGUAAUCUUUAAGUUGAUUCUUCAUCUGGUUAAUUACUUCCCAAUCUUACAAUGUUCUCUACCAUAUAUUGUCUUCGUUUCAAUAGGCUUUUUAGGUGUCUGUCAUCACUCAUCACUAUCAUUUUUUUGUUUAACCACUGGUAUUUCAGUUUCAAUGAACAGGACCUCGGCAGAUAGAGCCUAACUCUCUUGUAUUACCAUGUCUGACCAUCUUCUUCUGGCAUUUGACAUGUUUUCUAUUAACUAGAUCUUUUCUUGAACUAAUUUUAUUUUUUUUUGAACUAAUUUAAUAAAUUAAUAUAAAUGUAUAAUUGAUAUGGUUUAACGAUAUAUAAUUUUCUACAAGUUAAAUGUUGACCAAAAAAUAUUUCAAUAUUUGAAUACAUUAAAUUAGUUCAAAAAUGAUUUAGUUGCUAGAAUAAAGCCAACGAGUCUUAACGUCUCAAGACAUGUUUUCUUUUGCCCUUAACGUCCACUCUAUUUAUUGAACUUUUUGGCUUGUCUUAAUUGACCUCCGCGGCCUCUAUAAUUGUCAUUCGUGUUUGCGACUCACUCUCUCAAGUGUUUUCGACGGAAGGUAUGACUCAACGUGGAACAAUUAAGCCAUCAUCUUCCGAAUCUCAUGGUUAUGUUGGAUGUAGUUUCCUCCAUGAUGUUUUUGUAAUCUGGAGCCAGAGAAUCUCCCGCUAAUGGUUUGGAAGAAAGCAACUAAAGAUUUAUAACUUCUAUUUACCAUUCCACCUUUUUUUUAUUUAUAAUUCUAGUACAACUCUGCCACUAGGUUUGCGUCUGAAACAUCUACAGAAUUCUGAGAAAGAGCCAAGUUUAUUAUUCUGAGAGCCCCUUAGGGUUGCGUAAUUGAUCUACAAUGUUCUUUAAACGUCAUCAUUUUCGUCAUAAUUUGAUGUCAUCUUUACAAUUAUAAAGAUGGAACGAAUAGAAGAUUGGUUUGAUUUUCGUUUGUAAACAAUCAAAUCAAAUAUAACAAAUUGAUAAUUUAUUUUAUGUACAUGUUGGACCUGAUACUUUAGUGUUGUCAAACUCAUAAAAUUUUGUUUCAUAAGCUGUUACUUAUUUAUGUGAACAUAUAAUUUAUAUAAUAGAUAUUUAUUUCUGAGGUAUAUAUGAUCUGUUCUUUUUUUUGACUAAGGUAUGUGAUCUAUUCAUGCGCAUAUAACUAACCAAACGGCUAAUAUUGUCACGAUUUUUGUUCCGGUCAGAAAAAAGUAUAACGCAUAUUACAUUAAUUUAUCUCUAUGAUAUUAUCCGAGAAGUUGGUUUUUUACGUGUCGUGAUCACAUUGAUAAAAUUCAAGUACAAGAACACCUUUAACGAAAUUAAAAAUUAUACGUAAUUGUGAUUACUAAAAAUUAUUUUGU